AUGUUAAAAGGUUGGCCAUUGGUUAUGGUAUUAUUUGCAGUUGUGCAAGCGUCCGAGAUCAACUGCAACGGUAACGUAGCAAUCAAGAAUAGCGAAGAUGCGAAGAACGUGCGAGAAAAUUGCAAGACAAUUGCUGGGAAUCUGGAUCUGGAUAUUUUUGAAACCUGCAACUUGGAUGGCCUCGAGGAAGUCCGGGGAGAUGUAGUACAUCGUUGUCCCACAAAGCAACAGGGACUGGAUUAUUGCAUGGACGCGUCCACAACCUUCACUAUCAGCAGCUCUACUUUGAGAAUCAUCAAUGGUUCAUUGGACUUUUUCUAUUAUCGGGGAGUCGAAAAACUGGAUUUCCCUCAACUCAAUAAGGUCCGCCAGGACAUCAGCCUAUACGCACCUUACAACCUUACACACGUCAAUUUUGCCAACCUAGAGUACUUCGGAAGUUUUUUGCUCAAUACACCGAGUUUGAUGCAGCUCCAACUCGAUAAGUUCAAGGAGUUCACAUCCAGAGAAGUUCUCAAGCCUGAUGGAACAACCUCAGGACCAUACGUCAACAUCUGGAACACUGGAAGGCUGGAGUCCUUUAAUGAAUUUUUUCAGAAUCCAGUGAACCCCUACAAUGUAUACGAUAAUGGAGCUAGUAAUAGCUUUGUCAUCUUUUAUCCGCUCACUGUCCAAAAUCUGACAUUUGGAUGGACGCGAAUGCCGUCGAUGGAAAUUGAAGCUAAAAGUCAGUUGACACUCACCUUAGGUGGUCCUGAAACUGAAGAAAUGGAGUUUGAAGGUACUCUUCAGAUUGGGGCCGGCGUGACAGCUAUCAAUCGUCACGAGAGUCUGAAGAAUUUAACUGUUCAACGGUUUGAUCUGAAGCAGAGCGCCGUCGUUGACUUGGAUCUGCCAUUCAACCAAGUUACGACCGUGGUAGUGUACGGCAACCCUCAACUCCGCCAGCUUAGACUUCCAUCUACGGCACAAUCAUGGAAGAAUCUUGAUCUCAACAUCGGUUCAAGCGAUAACCUGCUACUAUCUCCGGUAAAGGAUGGGAGUGACGAGACUAUUUGGCACUGGCCAACCGGCGACAUGUCAUCUGUGGUAAUACGUGCCAACAUAACAGCUGAUUUCUUGUAG